AGCAGAAGUUUGACACACUUAAGACAAAGACCACAGCAACUGCAAGUUAAGCUGUUUUCAGCCACUGAUGAAGGAGCAUCUCUGUACUUGCACUUAUUCACAACAGUACAGGAAUUCGAUGUGGAAAAGAAAACAGAGACUCCGGGGCACAAUCAGCUCCACUGACAACUCUGGAUAGUGGAGAGAAGAAGCAGCAGGAGACCUAAGCUGCAGGAAGCCAACAUACCACCACCAAACAGAUAAGGUUUUAGGAGGGAACCUCCAAAAUCUCACUAACAGCUCUCUCAACUUCACUCAACGAAAGGAGGGUUAAAGUAACUGUUUCAAGAGAGAGGAGUGGAGGGUUGAAGGGAUUUAGUGAAAACUAAAAGACUUUGUUGAGGUGUAGGGGAAGACCCGUACAUCGAGGACUGGCUGGACAGUCAGGACUGAAAGUGAUCUUGAGUGAGAAAAGCAACGACAAUCUGGAGGACCAACAGCAAGAGGUCUACCGGGCCCCACAGCACAAUUUCACUAUGAGUAUGACUGGUACUCUAGAGAAGGGGGCCCACCACCAGGCCUUGGAUCUGUCCGAGGAACUGCCGCCUCAUCACCACCAUCACCAUAACAACCACCAUCAGCAUCUUCACCACUCUAACUCCCUGGCCUCCACCACUGCUGUGGGUGGAGGCAGGGAAACACCUUCACGUGUAGUCGUACCUCCUCCUUAUUCUGCAGCGGAGAGCGGUGGUGGGGGCAGCGAGGCGCCUCUGGAGCUGCGGGGGUCCCUGGACUGCUGGGCCUGCUCGGUGCUGGUGACGGCUCAGAACCUGAUUAUUGCCACGAUCAACGCCUGCCUCGCUGGACUGGUGUUUGGGACCAUCCUGACGCCAGCCAUCGUGAUGGUGGUGUUUGGCUUCCUCUGCCACUCUACAGUCCGCCCUCACGGGACGACCCCUUACUGCUCAGACCUGCUGACUGACGGAGGCUGUGUGGCUCUGCUGGUGGUGGGCUUCCUCUUGGUCACUCCUCUGCUGGUCCUUGCGCUGGCUGCAUACUGCCGCCUGGCCCGACACCUGCAGCUGGGUCUGUGCUUCAUCCCAUACAGCCGGGCCGUGUACAAGAACCUGCCGGCCACACAGCACCGUGGCCUGGGCACUGGCUGCUGUGGCGGUCGAGAUGGAGCAGGUGGAAGUGGGAAGGGGAAGGUCUGGGUCUGACAUGAAGAUGGGAGGAAGCGGGGGAGGGGGUGUGGAGGGUGAAGUCAACCAUUAGACAGAGAAUAUGAGCAAGUAUUAAAUCAAAUAAAUCUACAGCUGGGGUUAUAGGAAGGAGCACAUGGAUAUACUUCGUUCAUUAAAAACAACAAAGCAUCUAAUCAGACCUCCAUACAACCUUUACCUUUCCUGAAUGAAUCACAGGAAAUCGUAAAACAAAAAAAAAAAAAACACACCUCACAAAGGUUGUACUGACACUAAACAUAAUUGUAUUUUAUCACAUUAUGUCAUGAAAAAAAAUUGUCAUAUGAAGUCUUUGGUUAAGUUGUUGCUGUUUCUUGUGUUAUUACCUUUUGAUAAAUAAAGAUUCUGGAUAUAACUGGAA